CAGUGAUUGUCGUUGGCUGUGGCUAAGCGCAAUUGGCAUCUAAAUCCACCACCGGGUCUCAACCGGACUGCACCUAGCCACUGCCGACUACCGCCGUCAAACCGCCUACCAUGGCAACGCAACCACCGCAAGCGCAGCAGCCUCAACAGGCACGACCCCAACAAGCCCAGAACCCGCCCGAGACGAAACUGCUCUGGAACCCCGACAACGUCAAGGACGUAGCCGAAUCGGUCGGCAUCUCCGUCCUGGGCGACGACGCCCUGCGCGUCCUGACCCAGGACGCCGAGUACCGCAUCGGCCAAGUCGUCGUCGAGGCCCUCCGCUUCAUGCGCGCCGCCCGCCGCACCACCCUCCUCAUCGCCGACCUCUCCCAAGCCCUGCGCGUGCUCGACGUCGAACCCCUCUACGGCUACGACUCCACCCGGCCCCUGCGCUACGGCGAGGCCAGCCUGGGCCCCGGCCAGCCCCUCUUCUACAUCGAGGACGAGGAGGUCGACUUUGAGAAGCUCAUCAACGCGCCCCUGCCCCGCGUGCCCCGCGACAUGAACUUCACCGCCCACUGGCUCGCCGUCGAGGGCGUCCAGCCCGCCAUCCCCCAGAACCCGUCCACCUCCUCUUCCUCGGGCCCCGAUGCCUCUGGCCGUUCUCACGACCAUCUCCUGCCCAAAGGUCCCGGCGCCAACCCGGCCGCCGCCGCCCUGGCCGGUCUCGACAACGUCACCGUCCGCCCGGCCGUCAAGCACGUCGUCUCGAACGAGCUCGUCCUCUAUUUCGACAAGGUCCAGGAGGCCCUGAUGGAAGAUAACCCGGACGAAGAAGUCGUCCGCCUCCGCCACGCCGCCCUCGACUCCGUCCGCGCCGACCCGGGCCUGCACCAGCUCGUCCCCUACUUCGUCAACCUCAUCUGCAACAACGUCACCCACCGCCUCGACGACACCUUCGUCCUCCUCCGCUCCAUGGAGCUCGCCGAAGCCCUCGUCCGCAACCCGCACCUCUUCCUCGACCCGUACGCCAACGCCCUCGCCGCCCCCGUCCUGACCUGCCUCCUCUCCCGCCGCGUGGGCUCCGACGACGACCCCGACGCCCCGCGCGACCAGUACCUCCUCCGCGAGUUCUCCGCCUCGCUCCUCGGCCUCAUCGCCCGCCGCUACGCCGCCUCCAACCACCUGCUGCGCCCCAAGCUGGUGCGCACCUGCCUCAAGUACUUCAUGGACCCGGACAAACCGCCCGCCAGCCACUUCGGCGCCAUCACCGGCCUCGCUGCCGCCGGUGGUCCCGAGGCCGUCCGCAUUCUCGUCGUCAAGUACCUGCGCCCUUAUAGCGACGAGAUCCUCCAGCGCGUGCGCGACAGGAACGAGGCCAAUGGCUUGCAUUUCGAGGCACUCACCGGUGCCAUUGUCAAGGCCAUCGCCGCUAUCGCCGAGGAGGAAGGCUCGUCGUCUGAGAAGACCAAGAGCCCUGGCCCUGUCAAUGGUGAAGGUAUAACCGCCGCGGAUCGUGCCCAGCUGGUCGAGUUUAUCGGUCCCAUUCUCGGCACUCGGAUCGCCCAGCUCGGUAACAAGAGGUUGGUCGAACAAGUCCUCGAUGUGCGGAACAUCCAGUGAGACGGGGGUUUUUCCUUUAUCUUUUUACGUCUGUUUCAUCUCUGUUGCAUCGUUGGUAUGAUUUUAUUUCCUCCAUCAGAGAGGUGUACCGGUAGCGUUCUUAUGUAAUACCCGGGCUGGGACAUGGGAACAAAGCGGGCGUUGAUG